CCUUAUUAGACAGUUCCUAACAAAGUUUUUAUGACCAUGCAAUUAGUUUUGAACUGCUUACCUUAAAAGAGUGUAAUAAUUAUUAAGAUUAUUGACUGAUUGUACAUUCAAGAUGGCCGAUUUGAGGGCGCGAAAACUGGUUUAUUUUUUUUCAUUUUAAAAAGUGUACACUUGUGUUCACGUAAACAGCUGUUAAUUUUUUUUUUGAAAUUUUUAAGAGUGUAGACUAUUUAUUAAUUGUUUCAUAAAUAAACAUUAUGACACUCAAUUAUUGUGAAAGUUUAUUAAAAAACGUGCAUAAGGGAUUACCUUUGCCUGAUUCGAAGGGAGAGACUUUUUUUGUGAAAGGAGAUUAUGAUUAUUGGCAUUAUGGCUGUGAUGGUUUUAACGACAAGGGCUGGGGUUGCGGAUAUAGAACCUUGCAAACAAUCUGUUCUUGGAUGCAAAUAAAUAAAAAUCCGGAUCAAGCAGUUCCAAGUUUAAGAACCAUACAAGAAACACUUGUGGCUCUAGAAGACAAAGAGCCUUCUUUUAUUGGCUCGAGAGAAUGGAUCGGAAGUUUUGAAAUUUGUUUGGUUUUGGAUAAGCUCCACAAUGUGCUCAGUAAGAUAGUUCAUGUACAUAGUGGCAAAGAUUUGGUGAAGAAUGUUGAUGUUAUUAAGAAACAUUUUGAAGAAAUGGGACCUCCUGUUAUGAUGGGUGGAGAUAGAGAUUGUUCUAGUAAAGGAAUAAUGGGUAUACAUAUUGGAAAAGGAGGAAAAUAUUUACUCGUUGUCGAUCCACACUUCACUGGUAAAGCCAAGAGCAUCGAACAACUUCAAAGCCAGAAUUGGAUCAAGUGGCAAAAUUUAGACGAUUUUAUCGAUAGUUCUUUUUAUAAUUUAUGCCUUCCGCAGGCGAAAUUCAUAAAAAGGGAUGAGGAUGUUUUAUACAAAAUAAAGUGAACAAAAUUGUAUUAAUUCUGAGUUUUGAUAUUCUGUUUUUG